AUGCCCUGGGAACGUAAUGUUUUCCAUGUCGUCCCAAGACGCACCAGCGCUCUGGUUGAUCCAUGGAGAGCGCCCCUCCCCGACCUCGAAGCUUUGCUGCUUCAGCGCUGGUCCCCAGUGUUUCUGCUCGACAAAUCGACGCUCAAGCAACAUGAGCGCUUCUCCGAGACAGACCUCAGAGGUAUCUCCGACGUACUACGGCGGGUUGGCCGGGGCGCAUGGUCGCGCAUCUACACCGUCUUGCGGCUGCUAGACUGCCUCGACGUGAUUUGCCCCUUGCUCGCGCAGGCCACCUCCGGCGUCUACUCUCCCUUUACACAUCAGACCCUGCCCCAAUCGCUGAAUCCGUCAGUCGCCCAUGAAUUCCUCCAAGUGCAGCGAGCGGUGUUGUGGAGUGCCCUUGUCCUGGAGCGCGAGACCGGCAGACACCGACACUUUCUGAGCGCCGACGACAUGCCGUUCAUCAAGGUGGAGGAGCUAGGUAAGGGCGCCUAUGGAUACGUGGAUAGGGUGAUUAGUACGGCUAGUCACAAGGAGUAUGCCUGGAAACUUAUCCCACGGGGUCGCAUCUUCCAUCGCCACCAGAAGAUCCUCCGAGACUUCGAGCGCGAGCUGGGCACCCUCAAAAAACUCUGCCACCACCGGCACAUUGCGCAACUCAUCGGCAGCUACACUGAUCCGCAGUCUACGCAUCCUGGGAUUUCACUCGAUCGCCUGCCUACCGACAGCACUGCCUACCUUGACUCUGAAGAAGCUGUCAAUCCAGUGGUAGAGGCUGAGAAAACUCGAAGUGACGAUUUGGACGAGAAGUCGACAGCAGAUGCCGAUGAACAUGUAGAACGGACAUCAGAUUCAUAUUCACUUACCGUUGAAAGAACUGCUAUAUCCACCACGAGUGGCAAAGAGGACGUUCAGUAUCAGCAUGGCCAUUCUGGUAACAGUGUAGAAAAAGAUUAA